GUCGGUCAGCAGUCAGACAAGUUAAAUGUAGUUUAUGCGGCGUUGUGGGACUUUUUUUUAAUUGACAUUUUUCGGUCAUUAGCGUUACUUUUCGUGGCUUGACAUUGUCAGUGUUUGCUCGGUUGGUCAGAUACUUAACUCUGUAAGGUUUCCUUCAGCUAGCCUCAUGUUGAGGCGACAGGAAGUAUCGCUAACUUAACAUUAGCACUGAAGUUAGCAACAGAUAUCGGCCCAGACAGUUAGCACCUAGGCCAGGAGCCAGGGAUCAAACGCUGUCAUUUUUUUUAUUAGUUUUUACAUUCAGAAGGUUAUAUCCUUGGCGGCGUUUGCUUAUCUUUCUCGCUGUUCUUUCAGGGUAGCUGUUUGCAACCUUUGAACUGUUCGUGUAGCUAGCUAGUAGAAGAUAACGCGACGUCGCGGUCAAAACUGGCUCAGUUUACGCUUUUCAGAGUUGUCGAUGUGUUUCGUUACGAUGAAGUAGCUGUCGGAUAAACCAGCUGCUAUGGUGCCUGUGCCACGGCUGCACCUGCCACAUUGAACGACUGACAACGAGACACCUGGUCCAGCAUGAAGGCCCUGGGAUCUAGAUUCUCUUUUUAUGCUGGUUUUGUGGUGGGGACCUUCACACUGUACGUGUUUUUGCGACAGGUGUGGUUUGAGAGGACUAUUUCAGAGCAACAAACCAGCGGCUUUGAAAAACUUCAUGACUACCAGCAACAGCUUGAGGAAGAGAGGAAGAUAUGGAAGAAGGAGAGGUCUGCUCUCUUCAACCUGAAACACCCUCAUCAUACAGGUGAGGACAGCCGUAUGGCUGAUGAACUUUACAAAAAGGUGCGUAUUCUCUGUUGGGUGAUGACGGGACCCAACAACCUGGAGAAGAAGGCUCGGCAUGUUAAGUCCACAUGGAGUCGCCACUGCAAUGUUGUAGUCUUCAUGAGCUCUGUGGACGACCCCGACUUCCCAACAGUGGGCCUGGGCACCAAGGAGGGCCGAGACCAACUGUACUGGAAAACUAUACGGGCCUUCCAUUACGCUUACGAGCAUCAUAUUCAAGAAGCUGACUGGUUCCUGAAGGCAGAUGACGACACCUACGUAAUAGUAGACAACUUGCGUUGGGUUCUUGCAAACCACACCCCAGAUGAGCCUAUUUAUUUUGGCCGCAGGUUCAAGCCCUACACCAAGCAAGGCUACAUGAGUGGUGGGGCGGGUUAUGUGCUGAGCAAAGAGGCUCUGCGGCGAUUUGUAGAAGGAUUUAAAAACAAACUGUGCACUCACACUACCUCUGUAGAGGACCUGGCGAUGGGGCAGUGCAUGGAAAAAGUUGGGGUGCUGGCAGGGGACUCCAGAGACACUGUGCACCGGGAGACAUUUCACCCCUUUGUCCCUGAGCAGCAUCUCACUUCCAAGUUUCCUAAGAGCUUUUGGUACUGGAGCUACUGCUACUACCCCAUCUCAGAGGGUCCAAACUGCUGCUCAGAUGUGUCGGUGUCCUUCCACUACGUAGAUGCUUCACACAUGUACUUAUUGGAGUACUACACUUAUCACCUGCGUGCCUUUGGCUACAGAUACCGCUACCAGCCUACCGCCCCACUUGGCUACAAUUUUGAGCAGUUGAGCUCUGUGGAUGACGCUGAAGGGAAAAAAGAGCGGGCUUCUCAGGAAAAAGGGCAAGGAGAGGGGGACGAUCUGUCCAGGACUGACAAGAGAAAGGGUGCAGAUCCCCCUCCUGCAGCUGGUGAAGGCGCCCCUGCUGCACCAGCAGGAAAAUAACUUAUUGGGAGUAUUGAGAGGAACGGAUCAUUAAUGAGGGGAUAAUGUGUGUUUUGAGUGUUUGCUUAUUCAUUCUGAUAAAUCUGGCAAAUUUUUCUACACGAGUAGAAUAAUGAUCCUCUUUGAGCUUAAGUGUCCCCACAGUAGGUCCAUUGCUUGAAGAUUCUCCAGCUAAAAUACUGCUACUAAUUUACUGUGACUGCAAGACUGAGUUGUUUUUUCAGGUUGGUUAGGUGGUUAUUACAACAGACUCUUUAAAAGAGUAACCUUAAAACCCAACCUACCUUUUAAACAGACUUUCUUUUUAAGUGGGGAAUACCUUUCUGUACACCUUUUUUUAAGGUGUACCGAAGUAUUCCAAAGCCAGUUAAAUUUGGUUUUACUUUAUUUUGUUUUAAUCCUUUUUUAUGGAGAAGGUAGCCCCACCAAAACUAGAUAUACCACUCUGCAGUGAAGUGGUGCUUGACUUGAAGGAGUUGUUUGACUUGAUUCACACGUAAUUAGCUAUGUGCCUUGGAGGACAGUGAGACACAGUAACGCGCCUUGAGCUAAUCAGAUCCAAGCAACAUGUGUGAAGUCAACCAAAAUGUGCUGCAGCUGAUCAUUAUCAUAGCAGGAGGAGCACAGACAUUAUUAAUAACACUAACAAUGACUUCAUGUAACACUUUAGUGAGGACAGUGUGACAGCAUGAACCACACCUGGCAAGUAAAACUCUAGCAGGUUAGUUGAUUCAGCCAUUGUUAAUUUUAUUUAGUUACACCUGUGGGUUUCCUACUGUGUCAUGUCAGAAUAUCUCCUGUUCAUAGAAAAACUAAUACUGAGUGCCUGAUGGAGUGCAUUCAAUCAGAUGACUCGAUGUCCAGCAUACCUGUUUAACCUGUUUUGCAUCUAAGUUUGCUUUCUACUACACUUGACUAGAGCUGCGGACAAAGACACUGGCACAGAGAAAGGUAGUUCUGUGUUGAAUUAGGCAUGUUUUAUUCAGUCAUUAUGAUGAGAGUCCUGUUUUUACUGUAAUUUUAGGUUUAUCAAGGACAUUGUAACGUGAAAGUGAAGGCAGUUUUCUGGGUUGAAAUGCAAUGAAAUAAUUUUGGAAACUAUAAUCAAGUGUCAUGGAACAGAAGAAUCUCAGUAUAUAAUACACCUUCCCAACAUUUCAUCUUAAAAUGCAGGUCUUAAGUUUCAUAGGAAAACUUGGAUGCAUUCAUGUUUCUCUGGCUGACAGAAGCAUUGAUGUGAUUGUGUCUAUCUGAAUGCUUUAAAAGUGGAAGUCCAAAUGGCUAAAUGUCGACAUUUGUCUAGAUUCCAGCCAAAGAUCACACAAGUCAGUAUUUGUGUCCGUGCGGUCCUUCUAACAAAUAGUUGGAGAAAAUUGAAGCAGAGCUGUCCUCCUCUCACAUUUAUACUUGGAGCUGGUUUUUCUAGGUGCUGAAUCUUCAGUUGACAAACUCUAAGGAUGUUGAUCUGUCUUUAGUGGUUAGACACCUACAGUUUUAAGUUGUCAUUUAAUUUUUUCUGUAGAGCGAAACGCUGUGUGUCUACUUCCAUAUAGCAGCACUCAAUACACACAAUUGAGUUAACCUCGCCCUGCCCCAGUGGACUUGUUAGCUUGUGCCUUUUGUAAAUUGAGAUUGUAUGAGCCGUCAGCUGCACACAUGACUUUGCACUGUGACAUUACCAUGAUGAGAGUGAUGCUUUCAGAUGGACUAUUAUUUAAUUGAAUCCUUCCAAUGUAAUGAGUAUGGCCUUUGUUCAAGCCAGCAGAUGACUUGUUCAUGACAGUGUUUUUCUGAAUAAGCAAGAUUUUGUUUUGUUUUAUACAAUUUUAGUUUCUGGAAUAUUGUGUGAUCUUUAAAUUCUGGGUGGCUCAGAUAGAAUUGGACCUUUUUUUCUUUUGUUAGUAAAUAUUUGUAUAUUCAAAUUUAAAGUAGUCAUAACAGUUCCUUUACUACUUUGUAACCAAACAAGGAUUAUUGUUCGUGCUUAAUUUUGUUGGAGAUACAGUAAUGACCAAAUACAGAAAACGGCUCCAUGAUUUUAGUGGUGAUUAAAUCUGAACAUUUGUUUUACUUAAUUUGUGAAAAGUAAAUGUUGAAUGCACUUUUGAGUGUUUCAAAUUGUUGUUGUUUUUUUCUAUUUUAACCACUUUAACCUUUUUAAUUCUCGUUGAAGUUUAAACGUAUGAGGUAACUAAUGCCUGUCAAAAUGCCUUUUGUAAGUGUUUACACUCCAUUUCCUUCGGUACGAGCACAGAGCAUGUCGAGGGUUUUUGUUUUGUUUGUAUUAAAAAAUGGGAAAUUCUAGUUUAAACCAAAUUAGCAUGUUUUACAUAAUGGUUUCUUUUCAAAUAUUUGCUUUCAAGUGAAUUAACAGUCGUGGGUUAUUGCAGUGGGGAAGGGCUGAUUACCAUCAGUGGGUCAAAUUUUUGCUGGACUCCAACACAGUAGUGAUACAUACCCAGUCCUCGACAAUCGACGUCAUACAACUUUGACAUUUUAUCAAAGGGAAAGGUUGUACAGUACUGUAUUUAUAUUUGAAACGUAUUUAUGUUGGUAUUGACGUCUAAAUUGAGUCAAUACACUUUAGCGUGUAAAUGAGUCUGUGAGCGCACGUCAUCGGUGUGCAGGAUCGUUUUCAGUGAAUGACUUUAAUCACUAUAAAUAAAUGCAUAUUUUAUGU